AUGACGUCCCUAGACAAAGAACGCGGAGCGACAGAGCUGAGGAAUUUCGAGACGAGCGAUACUAAUAGCAAUGGCAAGGGAUCUGCUGUUGAGCCGCAGGGCGAGAACAAGGUGACCUUCAGCUUCUUCAUGACCAUGCUCGGUCUCAGCAUGGCUUUCAUUGUCGCUGAAGUCACGCCUCUGUUCCUGGUAACCUGCUUCACGGUCAUCGCCUACGACCUCAAUGCCAUAGAGCAAGUCAUCUGGGUCAUCGUCGCACCCUACAUCGCUACUGGAGCAAUCGCACCUUUCGUUGGAGCGAUGUCUGACUUGAUGGGUCGACGAGGAGUCAUCCUGGCAUCUUUGGUAAUGGCGGUUGUGGCCUUCAUCUUGCUCGGAGCAGCACCGAACUUUGCCGUAUUCCUGGUCGGGCAGGUGAUCGUGGGAAUGGCCAUUGGGAUUCAGCUCCUGACUGUCAUCGCUGCCGCAUCAGAGUUGGUGACUGUUGCAAAGAGAGGUGCAACGAUCGGAUACAUCGUCAUUGGAUUUUUCCCCUUCGCUGCUGCUAGUCUGUAUGGUCAGCUUAUCGCCGAACGAAACUGGAGGUGGAUCUUCCUACUACUUGGAAUCUGGUCAGCCAUCUCAUUCGUCGUGCUCUUCAUCUUCUACAGACCACCACCUAGAGCAGCCGCCGCGGGCUUGACAAAGAUGCAGCUUCUCGGACGUCUGGACUACGUUGGAUGUACACUUUCGGUCCUGGGAGUGGUACUUUUCUUAGUGGGCAUCAAUUGGGGUGGCCAGACCUAUUCUUGGGGAUCUGCGAGGGUUGUAUGCAUGCUGGUCUUCGGCAUCGUGUCCCUCAUCGCGUUCGGCGUCUACGAGCGCUUCUUCUGCAAAUAUCCGAUGUUCCCAGGACGACUGAUUCAGAGCAAGAGGCACUUUACUGCCGUGUCGAUUCUGUGCUUGACAUCCGGUGUCAACUAUGUGCCUCUGACCGUAUUCUGGACGAUCCAGACAUACAGCGUCUACGGGGCUAGCUUUGCGCAGGCUGGCCUCUGGCUGCUACCUCUCGGGUUCUGCAUUGCUGGUGGUGCAGUAAUCGCCGCUAUCGGAAUGACAGUCUUCAAGCGACACAUUCAGUGGCUAUUGCUAUUCUUCUGUAUCAUGCAGACAGUCGGCAUCGCCUGCAUGUCCCUUUUCGACCCGAACAACAUUAAUACCGUCUGGGCCCCGAUGAUCUUCGGUCUCAUCGGUGUAGGCGCUGUCUUGUUGCCAUCGCAAGUCGUCUUCUCGGUCAUCUCGCCAGAUGACCUGAUCGGGACCAGCGUAGCACUCUCGCUGGUCAUUCGCAUGAUCGGACAAGUCGUAGGCAAGUCCAUGUUCUACAACAUCUUCAAGUCCGAGCUGCAGAAGAGAGCCACCAGCAUUCUCGCCUUCCCUGCGAUCUCAGUCGGAUUUGGAGGUCCAGACGUUGUCGAAAGGAUCACGAAACUGAUCACUACCAUGACUGCCGGACCAUUGAGCCACUAUGUUGCUCUGUUCCCGGAGAUCCAAGGACCGGAAGAGUUGGCGACUGUGGUGACUGCUGGGCAGGAGCUGUACAGUAAGGUCUUUCCACUGUUGUACUUGGUCUCAAUUCCGUGGGGUGUGCUGGCAUGCGUCUCAUGUCUGGCGCUUUGGGGAAUUGAUAAGUACAUGGUCGACACUGUUGCCGUGCAUCUGUAG